UGUUGAAUUUCACGAGAUGGAGUUUGUUGAGCUGAUCAAGACCCCCAAGGUGGACGGAGUGGUGUUGCAUCGCCCGCUCUGCCCCCGGAUCGAGGGAACUCUUUGUGUCACCGGACAUCACCUCAUCCUGUCAUCACGGCAGAAAAAUGCUGAGGAGCUCUGGUUGCUGCACAGUGGAGUGGACAGUAUAGAGAAGAAGUUUGUUGGCUCCAUGGGUUACCUGACUGUGAAGUGUAAGGACUUCAGGAUUAUCAGACUGGACAUCCCUGGGAUGGAGGAAUGUCUCAACAUCGCAAGUUCUAUUGAGGUCCUGUCUUCUCUGGACACCAUCACGCUGACGUAUCCGUUCUUCUUCCGCCCGAUGUUUGAUGUGAUCGAGGACGGCUGGCAGGCUUUCCCGCCCGAGACGGAGUUUGGCAGACUGUCCGGGGAAGACUGGAGGAUCAGCUACGUCAACAAGGAAUACAAGGUGUGCCCAUCCUACCCCUCUGCAGUGGUUGUACCCAAGUCCAUAGAUGACACCACACUGGCCAAGUCUGCUGCAUUCAGACAGGGGGGCAGGUUUCCUGUGCUGAGCUACUUCCACGCUGCAAAUGGGACAUCAAUAUUACGGAGUAGCCAGCCCCUGACUGGUCCAAACGGUCGACGCUGCAAAUCAGACGAGCAACUCCUGAACGCGACGCUACGACCCGGCAAGCGAGGUUACAUCAUCGAUACUCGCGCUCCAAACGUGGCCGCCAACGCUAAAGCUCGAGGUGGGGGUGUUGAGCCAGAGGUGCACUAUCCCCAGUGGAGACGGAUCCACAAACCCAUCGAGAGGUGGAACGCCCUGCAGGAUAGUCUGGUCAGACUCGUGGAAGCUUGCCAGGACCCCAACUCCAGCAUGGACAAGUGGCUGUCCAAGCUUGAAGCCAGCAACUGGCUCACCCAUGUUAAGGACAUCCUGACCACAGCCUGCCUGGCCGCACAGUGUAUUGACCGAGAGGGAGCUUCUGUGCUGGUCCAUGGGUCAGAGGGCAUUGACACCACGCUUCAAGUCACGUCUCUCACUCAGAUCAUCCUGAACCCAGACUGUCGCACUGUCAGAGGGUUUGAAGCUCUGGUAGAACGUGAGUGGUUGCAGGCAGGCCACCCGUUUGCAGAUAGGUGCGCGAAGUCUGCCCACUCCACAAGCAAGCAGAAGUUUGAGGCUCCCGUCUUCUUACUCUUCCUAGACUGUGUCUUACAGGUGUACCAGCAGUUCCCAUGUUCCUUUGAGUUUAAUGAACAGUUCCUGGUUCUGCUGUUUGAACACUCCUACGCCUCACAGUUUGGUACAUUCUUGUGCAACAAUGAAUCCGACAGAAAGAAAGUCAAGCUCCAGACCAAAACAGUUUCCCUGUGGUCAUAUGUGAACAGCCCUGAGAUGUUAAGAACCUACCUGAACCCCCUCUAUGAGCCCAACAAUGGUGUGGUCUGGCCAUCUGUAGCACCACAGAGUCUCCAACUGUGGUCUGGCCUGUUCCUACGUUGGGAGACCAACAAGUCAGCUGAAGACGCAGCAUGGCAGGAGGUUAUCCAUAUCAGACAUCACAACAAGGAACUCAAGUCUAAAGUCACCAAACUUAGGAGACAACUAGAGGAGUUGCAGAGAGAAGCAAGAGAUGCGAAUCUUCUUGAAGAAUAAGAUAAGAUUUGCCCAUGGUCAGUAUAAUAUAUAUUGACCAACAGAGGCCCCAUAUACAUAUUCAAGCUACCAUUAGAUAAUAAUAUUAUAU